AUGGAGGCUCACGUCUUUCCCGACCAGAGUCAACUGCUGCUGUUUCUCAGGAGGCUCAAGGAGGUUUUCGACGUGUGUGACGAGGAUGCUGACGGCUUCAUCCGGGUGGAGCACUUGGUGGACCUCGGUCUUCAGUUCGGUCAAGGAGAGGAGGUGAAGAAGUUGACUAAGUACCUGGAUCCUAACGCUCACGGGAAAAUAAACUUCAAAGACUUUUGCCACGGAGUGUUCGCUAUCAAAGGCUGUGAGGAGAUACUGAAGAUGGCUGUGGGUCCUCGUGGUCUUACCUCCCGCCAACCGUCUGUCACUGACAAUGGCUACAUUUACCAGAACGGCGAGGCUAAGCUGGGCCCUCCGAUUAUCAUGUGUACGCGAUCCUACCCAGAAUGCACUGAGGGCUGUGGUGCUGAUGGAGAGUGUGACAUGGACAGCAGCACUGAAAAUGCCAACAGUUCUGACUCACUGGACCCGACACGGCAAGACGGACACCUGAAUGGCUCGGCAUCUGCGUCCGUCAUCUCUGGGGAGGAGCAGUUCGAAGAUUACGGCGAAGGGGAGGAUGUAGAUUUUACUCCCAGCAGCCCUUGCCCUGAAGAAGACACCCGAACAAAUGGCUUCACUGAAAUGGGAUCCUCGCUUCCCUCAAGUGCGGGUCAGACUCCUCAGAAGAUGAGGCAGCUGUAUAACAGUGAGCUGCUGGACAUCUACUGUUCUCAGUGCUGCAAGAAAGUGAAUCUACUCAAUGACCUGGAGGCUCGACUUAGGAACCUCAAGGCCAACAGUCCGAACAGGAAGAUUUCCAGCACAGCAUUUGGCCGUCAGCUGUUCCAGGCCAACCACAGUGUGUUUGGGUCCAGUCAGGGCAGCAGCACAGAGGAUCUGUUCACAGACAGCAUCGACUCCUGCGACCUGGACAUCACAGAAAAGGUCAGCUACCUGGAAAAGAAGGUGACUGAGUUGGAAAGCGACAGUCUGGCCAACGGUGACCUCAAGUCUAAACUGAAACAGGAGAACACACAACUUGUACACAGGGUGCAUGAGCUGGAGGAGCAGGUGAAGGAUGCAGAGACGAAGGCAGAUCAGAGUCUGGAGGAGGAGAUGAAGAGGCACCGGGAAGCUUACACCAAGAUGGAGAGGGACAGAAACACAGAGAUAGACCUGCUCUGUAACAGGGUGCAGCAGUUGGAAGAGGAGAAUGGAGACAUGAAGAUAAAUGUGUGCAGACUCAAGUCUCAGACAGAGAAACUGGACCAGGAGAAGCAGAGGAUGACAGACAAGCUGGAGGACACCAGUCUGAGGCUGAAAGAUGAGAUGGAUCUGUACAGGAAGAUCAUGGACAAGCUCUGGCAAAACCGCCAUGAGUUCCAAAAGGAAAAAGAGGCCAUGCAGGAGUUAAUUGAUGAUCUCCGCCGGGAGCUGGAGUAUCUGCAGCUGUUUAAGCUGGAGAUGGAGCAUCCUGGGAAAGGGAAGGGGCUGUCUGAGUUCAACGCCAAGACCAGGGAGAUCGAAAUGGAGCACGAAGUGAAGAGGCUGAAACAGGAGAACCAUAAGCUGCGGGACCAGAACGACGACCUGAACGCUCAGAUUCUCAGUCUGAGUUUGUACGAAGCCAAGAACCUGUUUGCCUGUCAGACCAAGGCCCAGUGUCUGGCAGCCGAGAUCGACAACGCCUCCAGAGACGAGCUGGUCGACGCUUUGAAGGAGCAGGAGGAGAUCAACCUGCGCCUGAGGCAGUACAUGGACAAAAUCAUUCUGGCCAUUCUUGACCACAACCCCUCCAUCCUGGAGAUCAAGAGUUAA